AUGAUAUAUCACGUGGAGGAUCACCCUAAGAUCAAAAGAAUCUUGGGAAGGGCAUUCAUCGUAGAAGAACUGAACUCUACCACGUGCUUUAUCGAAAGUCUGAAGGAGCGGCCAAAUGGAAGAAGGCCCCCAAGUGCUACUAUAAAAUAUCGCCUCAAACAAAAUGCAUUCUAUGAGACCGAUUCAAAGAUCGCAGCCAAAAUCAACAUUGAAGUGAAAAACUUUGUGGACGUUGUAUGGGACAAUGCGGAGCCCGUGGGAAAACCACGUAAUUCAGAUCACGAAGGCUCAUUCCGACGUCUUGAUUCGGUUUUGAAAAGCCUUGCUUUGGAUUCAUAUAAGCUGCGAGAACAAGAGUCCUGCAAAGAAGCCAAGAGAAAUCGGGUUUUCAGGAGCCCCAACGAUGCUGCUUGGUAUUUCGAGAAAUCACUACGGAUCUGGAACCUCGACUACAACCACACCCGGCCAUCAGCGGAACUCUUGAUAAGCUUUUUUCAAUCAAACAACAUUAAUAGUCAAGCUGCGGUGAAAGACUGCGUUUCUGAUUUCUUCAAAGACGCUGGUCGCGACGAAAAUUACUCAGCGGUUGCGCAAUGUUAUGAGGGCAUCGACUUUGAUCAUGGCUUUUAUCUCGUCGACUGCGCGAUAUUCGGGAGGAAGAGUGCGAUUGUUCACUGCUCUACCAAUGAAUCGAUCACGCCUAACGAGAAGCUUCGAGCAAUAAUGAGCGCUUUUCUAUGGAUGAGAAUUCUUUAUCCACGGCGGGAAUGGCAAAGCAGGCUUCUCAAAUUUCCAUUUGAAGACAAUCUUGAGGAACAUCUUCACGGGUUAGUGGAUAUUAAGCAGCAGGAGGCAUUGAGGGAUGAUUGCGAGUUGGCCGACGAAGAUCAGACCCAUAUUGAUUGGCUGUGGAGCUGGUUGAGUCAACAUGAUCAACGACCAAUCAAAUUGGCCUUUUUGAUGGCGAAAAAUCGCAUGGCAAGAGACGUGCUUAAUGAGAUGGAGGUGGUUCAUCGUUUUAUUGAAGAAAUCACGGACUACGCUCAGUUGGCUCGCCGAUCAUAUUGA